AUGACCAACCGAUACUGUGGAAUGCUUGCAACCACUGACGGAAAUGCUCAGCUGAGAGUUGCUAAGCAAGAAGCGACGAGGAUGAUUCCCAGUCGAAAUGCUGAUGUCGAUUCGGUGCAGUUUCUCCAAAGCCCAAUGUCCGCUUAUGAUGAAGUAAACAAUAUGUUGAGAGCAUCGAAAAGGCCGAGCCAGUCUCAUGAACUUGUGGUCUCACGAGGAGCAGUCAAUCCACAAGGUCGUACAGAAUACCCAGUGAAAGUUUGCCCAGCCACUUAUGCAAGUAGCAUUCUGCGAGGGAAUAGUUGGACAGUACAGGCGAGCAGUGGUCAGCAAAUUCAGUCGCAGUACCAGCAGAACCCAACGCAGGAAAAAAUUCGUCCAGUUAUUGGUCCUGCUAUAGAGCAGCCCAGUUCGAGCACGCCCAUCAAAACCGGAACUCAGUACGGUAUCACCACCAGUAUUGCAAGGCCGAGCGGAACCACGCGCACCCACCACGAUAAACGAUGGGUGGACGAAGACAUCACUCAUUAUGGCGCCAUUGAGGAAAAUUGUGAUUUUGAUGAAUGGGUGGACCGAGUUGAUGUUUCGAAGUUCGCACAGGAUAUCAGUAUCGAUUUAAUGGCGAGGCCAAAGCUGAUUAAGAAAGAAAGGAAUCCUCCUCAUACCAGUUCAUAUCCAAAACCAGGAUGGUCGUAUUCAAACCUCAUUGCUUUGGCUUUGAAAAAUAGCGAUACUGGACAGCUGACUGUAUCAGAGAUCUACGCGUUUAUGCUAGAACAUUUCCCUUACUUUCGAACUGCGCCAAAUGGGUGGAAGAAUUCUGUUCGUCAUAAUCUCUCUCUGAACAAGUGCUUUUGCAAAGUUGAUGUGGACGAAGACGCUCAAUCAGUGCAUCAGACUCGAAAAUCAUGCCUUUGGAUGAUUAAUCCGGAGCGCGUAAAUAAAGUCGAACAUGACAUUCGGAAAUGGCGUGAGCGAAAUCCGGAUUCCGUGACUGAAGGAAUGGCUCGACCAGAGGAUCUCCAAGCGAUUGAAGAGGGCACGAAAGGUCUACCUAUCUCAAGAAACUCGAAACAGGUGUUGAAAACUGUCCCAUUCAACAAAAGCGUUCGAAGAGAAGUGAGUGAUAAGUUCGUUACGUUCAUUGAUAUAAUCUUCAGUAGAUUCUUGAUGUGUAUGUGA